UUAUUACAGAUCAUGAUGAUUCUGUUGAUCUGGUUGGCGGUUCUCGUCACCGCGAUUCUGCUGUACUUCCGUAAGCUGUACUCUACAUUCAGUCGCCACGGCAUCAAGCACAUAAAGCCAGUCCCUAUCUUUGGUAAUAUGGCCAAGAUAAUCUUACGCACCGAACAUUUAAAUGACGAGCUUUUAAAACUCUACAACGAAUUCCCAGACGAAAGGUUUGUUGGCAGAUACGAUUUUAAUAAGGAGGUAAUUUUAGCUCGUGACCUUGAGCUUAUAAAGAAUAUAACAGUGAAAGAUUUCGAACACUUCAUCGACCAUCGCUUCGUUUUUGGCAGCAGCGAGUCCUUUUUCUCCAGGAACUUGUUAUCUUUAAGAGGACAAGAAUGGAAGGAUAUGCGUUCUACUUUGAGUCCAGCGUUCACGAGCUCCAAGAUACGUCUGAUGGUGCCUUUCAUGGUGGAAGUCGGAGAUCAGAUGAUGCGGUCGCUGCAUAAAUUAAUAAGAGAAUCUAAGAGUGGCUCCGUAGACAUUGAAUGCAAAGAUCUUACUACCCGCUACGCGAACGAUGUGAUUGCCUCAUGUGCCUUCGGUCUGAAGAUAGACUCUCACAAUGACAAAAACAACAGCUUCUACGCUUUGGGGAAGGAGACUUCUACAUUGACGUUCCACAAGGUCCUUAGCUCUUUCGUGCUUGUGGCUGCACCAGCAGUAGGUGAGUUAUUCAAGUUGGAUAUCCUUUCGGAGUCAUCGAAGAAGGCAUUUAAAUCUUUAGUUCUAGACACGAUGGAAAACCGAGAGUUGAAUAAUAUUGUCAGGCCCGACAUGAUUCAUUUGUUAAUGGAAGCCAAAAAAGGCAAGUUGACUCAUGAAGAUAUUAAAUCCAAUGAUGUGGCUGCUGGAUUUGCUACUGUCACGGAAUCGUCUGUAGGAAAAAAAGCAGUUAAUAGAGAUUGGAGUGACGGUGAUCUCGUCGCUCAAGCAGUGCUAUUCUUCAUUGCUGGAUUUGAAACUGUUUCGUCCGGAAUGUCGUUUCUACUGCAUGAGCUUGCCAUGAAUCCUGACGUUCAGGAGCGGUUGGCGCAGGAGAUCAAAGAAAAUGACGCCAAGAACGGCGGCAAGUUCGACUUCAACUCCAUACAGAACAUGACCUACAUGGAUAUGGUGGUGUCAGAACUCCUUCGAUUUUGGCCUCCUGCUCUUGCUCUUGACAGGAUUUGCACCAAAGAUUACAAUUUGGGUAAACCAAAUUCAAAAGCGGAGAAAGAUUAUAUUAUUCGCAAAGGUACUGGCGUCUGGAUACCAGUCUAUUCUAUUCAUCAUGACCCUAAGUACUAUCCUAACCCCGACAAGUUCGACCCUGAGCGGUUCUCAGAAGAAAAUAGGCACACCAUUAACCCACUCGCGUACAUGCCCUUCGGUGUUGGGCCUAGGAAUUGCAUUGGUUCAAGAUUUGCACUUUGUGAGAUCAAGGUCAUGACAUACCAAAUUCUGCGAGAAAUGGAACUCUCUCCCUGUGAGAAGACUUGCAUACCGGCGAGGUUAUCUAAGGAAACUUUCAACCCGAAACUGCAUGGAGGACAUUGGCUUAAGUUCAGACUGAGGAAAUAGAAAACAAGGUUACCAAAAGAUGACUAUGAGAAAACUGUGGAGAUCCAGUGUAGGCUUUUAAAUUAUAGGUAGCAGUUAAAUGUGUCUGGCAUUAGUCACGUUUAAUUUUAAAAGCAAUGUGUAUCUUAUACUGAUGUGUAUUUAUACCAAAGGUAAAUAAAAUAAAUUAAUAUACUUUUUACACCGGGGUGUUAUUUUUUACAGCGAGCUUUUAUGUAGCUUACAAUUUAUAUACCUAUGUUUUUGUAGCGGAGAGGGUGUCAGACUUUUAAUGACCAAAACCUACCUGGACUGUCCUACCAGCAUUU